GUCUCACCUAUGCCCCACCGCUGGGCCCCCCCAUUCCUCUCUGCUUUCUUCUUCUUUAUUCCCUCCACCAUCUCCCUCUCCACCUUUGUUUAAUUUCUCAAUAGAUUAAAAUUUAAAAACAAACUGACCGAUUCCAACUGUAUAUCACCCAAUUUCUCUACAACUUUUCAUCACCACCAUCAUCUCCAUCAUGAACCCCCCCAAUCACUUCUCCCUCCCCUCGCUCUUCGCACCAUCUCUCCCCCCUCUCUUCUCAUCCUAGGCGCCGCUCCUCCCACCAAACCCCGAUGCCUUCCCGGCCCCUCACUCCACCGCCCCCGCCGAGCCCAGCCCAUCGCCGCCAUCAUGCCCCCUUCCUCGCCGUCGUCGUCUCCACCUCCUCCGCCCUCCUCCUCGCCGUCCUCUCCCUCCUCCUCCUCCUCCUCUUCUAUCUCUACCGCUCCCUCCGCCACGCGCGCGCCCGCGACCGCACUCUCCCCCUCGACUCCCCCGCCGCCUCCUCCCUCCGCCGCUUCUCAUUCCGCGACCUCCGCUCCGCCACUGCCUCCUUCGACCCCUCCCGCUCCCUCGGCCGCGGCGCCUCCGCCGAGGUCUUCCGCGGCCUCCUCCCCGACGGCAAGUCCGUCGCCGUCAAACGCCUCGACAUCCCCUCCUCUUCCUCCCCCUCCUCCUCCCCUCCCUUCUCCUCAUCCGACCGCGAGUUCCACAACGAGCUCCACGUCCUCGCCGCCCUACCCCCCUCCCCCUUCGUCGUCUCCCUCCUCGGCUACUGCCUCGACAGCCCCCGCCGCCGCCUCCUGGUCUACGAGUACAUGCCCAACGGCAGCCUCCAAGAAACCCUCUUCUCCUCCUCCGAUCAUCAUCAUCAUCGUCAUCUCGUCCUCAACUGGGAUCGCCGCUUCGGCAUCAUCCUCGACGUUGCCCAAGCCCUCGCCUUCCUCCACCUCGAGUGCGAUCCCCCGGUGAUCCACGGCGACAUCAAGCCCGGCAACAUCCUCCUCGCUGCCGACUUCCGCGCCAAGAUUUCCGACUUCGGGCUGUCCCGGAUCAAGACCGAGGCCGAUCUCGCCGCCGGCCCCGGCGCCGAACUCUUCAGCCAGGAGCUCUUCUCCGGGAGUCCCCAGGUAGACUUCGCCCUGGCCCUCCGCGCUUCUUCCUCCAAUUCCUGCAAGAAUCUCAAUCCCAUGCAGCUGGUCAGCGGUAAUCCUAACACCAUCAGCAGUCCCAAGGGCAAGGAGGCGGCUGCCACGACGGCGGCGGCCUCUUCUUGCCAUGACGACCUCUGUAGCAUCGAGCAUAGCAAGGAAUUGAGCGGGAAUUCGCCGUUGGAUGAUGGUAAGACAGAGGCGGCGAAUGGGCAGUGGGGGAGGGACUGGUGGUGGAAGCAGGACGGGAGUGGAGAAUUGAGCAGCAGGGAUUACGUUAGGGAAUGGAUUGGGAGCCAGAUUUGCCCGUCGACCAAUCCAGACUGGGAUGAUGCGAGGAAGAACUCCCCCGAGAAUCCUUUCGACUCAAGGAAUUCGAGUCAGGUAGAGAGAUUGGAAGGCGGGGAUGACACGCUUUUCAGGAAGCCGGAGGAGAAGCAUAAGAAGGCUAUCGAUGGUCGAGCUAAGAGGAACAGGAAGAUGAGGGAGUGGUGGAAGGAGGAGUACUUCGCGGAGAUCAGCAAGAAGAGUCAUACCAAGAAAGCUCCCAAAUGGUUCCGAUCAAUUAGCAGCCGCGGCGAAGUGAGCAGAAGCAACAGCAACAAUGGCGUCGGUAAAAGGGGUCGCGAAUCCAGCACGGAGAUAGGCCUUAGAAAGGGUUGGAAGAAGAAAAGGAGUCGAUCGAUGGGAAGCGACAUGUUCAGCGGAGACCUCUUCAGCAGAGAGCUCAGCAGCACCACAAGCAUGAGAGGAACCGUUUGUUAUGUCGCGCCGGAGUACGGCGGAUGCGGGCAUUUGAUGGAGAAGGCCGACAUCUAUAGUUUUGGAGUUCUGAUCCUUGUGAUAGUCUCCGGGAGACGGCCUUUGCAUGUGCUAUCGUCGCCGAUGAAGCUGGAGAAGGCGAACCUUAUAAGCUGGUGCAGGCAAUUGGCUCAGACGGGCAAUAUCUUGGAGCUUGUGGAUGAGAAGCUGAAGGACUCGUAUAACAAAGAGCAGGCAAACCUCUGCGUAAAUCUGGCUCUCUUGUGCUUGCAGAGGAUGCCGGAGUCGAGGCCGGAUAGUGGAGACAUUGUCAAGAUUUUGAAAGGAGAGAUGGAGCUUCCAGUGCUCCCAUUUGAAUGCUCUCCUUCUCCCCCUGCAAAGCUCCUCAGUAGGUCGCGGAGAAAAACUGCACCAGACGCAGAGUAAGAAUCUUCCAUUCUCUUUGUAUGCGGUUUUUUUUAUACAAAUACCUUGCUAAAUGAAGCUAGGUGAUACGAUUAGGAUGAUGCGUUGUUUGAUCUUGUUUAGAUAUGGUUUUUCCCUGAUUGAAAAGGAGAUGGUAAGAAGCUAUUGCUUCAUGCUGCAAGUCUGCAAUUAUUCUCUACUUGUAUGUUCCAGUUCUUUUUUAUGCUGGAAAAGCUUGUAAAUAACCCUUUGUUAGUUGCGUUUUUCCUCCAUUGCUGUUCAUUGUAGUAUUGAAUUCGA